GGGGUAUAGGUAGCUUUAAACUCUCCGGACAGGGCGAGGAGGUGAAGCUAUAAGCCGUUUGUCCCCCGACACUCGACACCCAUAUCAUCACCAUCACCAUCACCAUCACCGGAGAAACCCACAACCCACAAUUGGAAGCACUCGGCAGAGGAAGACGGUAGUUCAAUUGCAGGCCAAUAUGACGGAGCCCUCUACAUCGCCUACAUGUUCGCCUUCGCUAUCAGAAUCCUCCGAGUCACCGACAGACACAUGGACAGCCGAGCGCUCGGAGGCCGGCGAGACGGACACCACAGCAACAUCCUCAUCAUCGUCACUGACAGAAGUAUGCACAGCCGAGUACUCGGAGGCCGGCGAGACGGACGCCGCAGCAUCCUUUACUUGCACAUGUUGCCUGCAAGAACUACCCGCCAACGAGCAGACCCGAAGCGCGCUCUGCCACAAUCCCGAGCACCUAUGGUGCAAUUCAUGCCACCACCGCAUGUUCACGAACGCGCAAUCCGACGAAUCCCAAUACCCGCCGCGGUGCUGCAGCCCGUCGCACGCCGUCGACUCCGAGCCGCUCCACUUCUCUGAGCUGGAGCGCAACAAGUGGCAGCAGCGGCGGGCGGAGAUGUCGGUGCCGCCGGAGAAGCGCGUGUACUGCGCAGACUUGAAGGGGUGCGGCCUCUUCGUCGGCGAGCGGCGCGGGCGACUGUCGGCUAGAUUUCCGAUCGCAUUGCGCUGCAGCGACUGCGGCACAAAAACAUGCGCCGUCUGCACCGGCAAGGCGCACAGUCGCCUGCUCUGUGUCCGACACAACACCCAGCAAACCGAGCAAUCAUUGGAAGAGCUGGCCAAGCGGAACCACUGGCGGCGGUGCCCGUAUUGCAAAGUUCUGGUGAUACGAGCUGGAGGCUGUGCGACUAUGUUCUGUCGGUGCGGUUAUAACUGGUGCUACAAGUGUGGGAAGGGGCCCUGCACCAGUUGCAAAUGUAUCCGGUGGUGAAAUGAGCACCGCCUAGGCAACUGGAUCUCGGUGCUGACGGACACAUGCAGACGUCUCGACCACGCCAUGAAU